GACGAAACGUAUUUCACAAUGCUGCAUGUAUACGUAACGAGAUCCGUGUGUACCGUGUAUAUACAAACUGGUUUAGUGUGUCUCCCUCCUUAGUCUGGCGCAGCCAUGGUCGGGACGCUGACAAUUCUCCUGUUGCUUCUUGGGACGUGCGGUGUGUCAGGGUAUGGCGAAUACCGGAAGCGCCUUCCAAAUGGAGAGCGGGUUCCACAUCCUUGCAGAGCCAACUUCUACUGGCAUGGUCUGGGCCACAUCAACGCUCUUGGAGGUGGAAGCCGAAACGACUUUGGCAAAGACUUCGCUGCCCACGGACACACGUGGACACAAGCCUUGUGCCGUUUAGACUCUGAUGGUGACGGACUGACCAACGGUCAAGAGUUGGGUGACCCAGACUGUGAGUGGAUUGCAGGCAGUGACAAUGUGCCCUCAAGGACGACCGAGAUGACACACCCAGGUGUGUGUGACCCCUUUAACUCCGCCGUGUGCGCAACUAAGAAUGAUUGGGUGUCGUGCAAGGGGACAGAACUGGAAUGUGAUGCAGUCAACUCGCCAGAUGUGCUGAACUUCACGAUUCGCUUCCCUGAGACGGAAGUCCCGGCAGAGGACACCACCUAUAUCUGCAUGAUAUUCGACGUCCCCGGGGACCGCGACUACCACUACAUUGCAAGCAAGCCUCUCAUCGACAACGACAACGUCAUGCAUCACAUCGUAGUCUCCGGUUGCCCAGACACGUCAGAGGCACUUCCAAACGCACCAUACAAAUGCGGCAUGAGUGCAGGGAGAGGAUGCACGGUUGCUUUGGGAGGAUGGUCAGUUGGGUCUCCCGGAGAAUGUCUUAACGACAACUUUGGACUAUUGUUUGGAAAAUCAAAAUUUACCCGGUUUGCCCUUGAGUUUCACUGGAACAACCCGAACGAAGUGAGUGGGUGGAAGGACAGUUCAGGAAUGACCUUCUUUUACACUCCCAAACUGAGACCAAAUAAUGGCUCUAUCAUGUCGCUCGGACAGUGGCAUCUAGCAAUACCCCCUGGACGACCGGAGGUCACUUUCAGAGGGGAAUGCACAUCUGACUGCACUCAAAGGUUGAUGACAGAGCCCAUCUAUGUCCCAAUGGCCGCGAACCAUAUGCAUUACUUGGGUACAGCAGGAUUCGUAGAGCAUAUCCGAAAUGGACUAAGGCUCCGAUAUUUGACCAAAGAUUCAGAGUUCAGCUAUGACAACCCUCGCUACUACAAUUUUGACGAACCAGUUCAAAUUCUUCCCGGAGAUAGCUUAGUGACCACCUGCACAUUCCAGUCGACAUACAAGAAGAACUGGGUAUUCUAUGGCGAUGCAACAUCUGAUGAAAUGUGCUAUGGGUUCCUGUGGUAUUAUCCCGAGCACGCUCUGAAGAAUGGCAAUUGCGUGUCGUGGAAAGGCAUCAACAUGUGUGGAAGUGAGAGCAUCACCGUGGGGAAUUGCAACGUCUGGGAAUUUCUAUUUCAAACCGAUGCUCAGUCGAAGGCACUCUACAAGGCAGUCUCCACCAACUGCAACCUCGCUUCCAACAUGUGCACACCUGAAUGCAAGAUGGCGGUCUUGGACUACAUGCAACAUCCAUGCAUGCGUGGAGGAGAUGCCACAGGCUUCAUCAGACAUUUCUCGCUAGAUUCAGUACCCGCUCUGGCGUUCCUGGCCAAGUUGAGGAUGUGCGAUUUUAAAAUGACUGACGUUGGCUUCCCAACUUCCGGUGCCACAGGAACCAGUAUGGCUUCCUUGCUGUUGAUCAUGGUUGCACUGCUCAUGACAUAGAUUCAAAACACGUGCUGACGCAUUAAUCCUUCAAAAGUUUUGUUUUCAAUAUUUUUUAUCAAAUAGUUUAUAAUAUAAAUAUAUAUGUAUAUAUAUAUAAUAUGAAUAGCAAUGUAUAUAUGUAUUUAUAUAAUAUGAAUAGCAAAUGAGCAAAUACGCAAAUAACAUAACUCUUUUACUUUGAUUCGUUAAUCUGAAAAUUGGUUAGUCCAUAUAAUUUUACUAUUAGCAAACUAAAUGAUCAUUGUCACUAUUUCACAGGUUUGAAUACAUCGAUGAUCAAUCGUAUUGCAUACAAUAUCGUGAUGCAUUGACCAUGAUUUUUCGGGGCAACUUCGAAAACAUAUAACUACUUUGUUCAUGUUCGGGGCGGUUGGGUAGCCUCGAGGUUAAACCGAACUCAGCAAUAUUCAAGCUAUAUGACGGCGGUCUGUAAAAUAAUCGAGUCUGGACCAGACAAUCCAGUGACUGACAUCGUGAGCAUCGAUCCACGCAAUCGGGAUCGAUGAUAUACAUCAACCAAGUCAGCGAGCCUGACCACCCGAUCCAGUUAGUCGCCUUUUACGACAAGCAUAGUCGCCUUAUAACGGCAAGCAUGGGUUGCUGAAGACCGAUACUACCCCGGAAUCUUCACGGGUGCUCCGGGUACGAGUCGACUAAUGGGUGCAAUGUGUGAAUCACUCACCCACCCAUUCCUUGCCGUUCCUUACUUUAAAAAAUGAGCCCCUGUCCGAAUAUUGUCCUUUGAAAUAAACGUUUCAUGAACA